AUGCAGCAUCUGGACAUCCAUGACACUUCUGAUUUUGAACUGCGUCCACGAGAGAUAAUUGAAAUGAAGUUCGCUUCAGCUUCUGUUGCUAUUUUUGCUGCUCUGGUUCUCGCUACCUUACGUGCUGACGCUUAUACUAAUACUGUAGAGCGUAAACUUAUCCUUGGCGGAACCACCGUGCCCAAAGGAAGGAAGUCCUACUACACCGGGGUCCGCAACACGGCGGAGGGCAACAAUUUAUGUGGUGGUGUUCUCGUCAGCCCUAUCCAUGUGCUCACAGUCUCGCAGUGUAUCACGUACGACAUUCGUUGGGUCUCGGUUGGCUCGCAUUUUAACAAUGGGACCGAGGAUGGGGAACAGAUUAAGGUCGUCUCGGUAAUGAUCCACCCCAACUUCACGGAUCCGCUGAAAUUCUCCAACGACUUUGCCAUCUUGGAGCUCGAGGUCGCGUCGUCAUAUAAGCCCGCAAAGUUGGCAAAGGCCGAUGACUCUGACUUUGAUGUCGGCGCCACGGUAAUUACCGUUGGUACUGGACGCACAUCAGAGGGUCCCUCGGCCCCGGUAAGUCACGAGUUGCGACGUGUGGACUCGAACCUUAUCACCAACGACGAGUGUCAGGUGGACGGUAAAAUUGUCUUGGAUAAGUCCAUGAUGUGCGUUGAAGGUCAGAUCAGCAAAGGAUACUGCACAGGCGACAACGGAGACCCGGUUUUCAUUGAGUACUCUGACAACGAUGCCGAUGACGUGGUGGUUGGUAUUGCUAGUUGGCGCAAAUCGCGAGGCGGCGACGUGUGUGGUAUCGGAAUAAGUCUACCUAUAGUCUACUCUCGCGUCUCCUACGCGCGCUAUUGGAUAGACCCUAUUAUAAAGACGUCAUGCUUUGUCUAG